AUGGGGCUAGAUCGUGACAAGACCGGUGUAGAUCUGAUUACUUCAUCGGAAACCACUUCCGAUGUUGUGCAGGAAUUAUCUCACCGCGUUGAGUCUUUGGAAGAAGCUCUCCAAACUGCACUAAAUGCACCUGUUAGAAGCGCCUCUAUCUCUCUGUCAGAUAGACCACUGGCUUUCCCUAGUCCACCCAGUCUCCGACUUGGAGGAGGAUCACCUGGUACAACAACCAUUGCCCGUCACCCAUCAGUGAUAAGUCCUUCUGACCUGCCAGUAAACAAUAUUGCUCUGAGCAAACCAUGUUACAAAUUAUCGCCAUGCCAACUUGGCACGAAUUGGUAUUUUAAAGGUAUCGGUAUCCUAUCUGAGCGAGGAAGACAAUGGAUCACAUAUGGAUCUGGUGAGAGAGUCUUUCUCGAAAACUUUAACAUUUUUGCGAAUCCAAUUGGUGUCAUCCCGCCUCUGGACUGCUGGCCAAUUUCUGAUCAGACGAGAAUAUUGCCGCCGAAAGAAGCUGUUCGACACAUUGUCGAUGCCUUCUUCAAGUCCAAGACAUCAGUCUUUUUCCCAAUCUUGGAAAGGAGUCUUUUCCAGGACACAAUCGACAGAGCGUACGAUGAGGUUGACCCUGGACGUCGUGCGCCAGCCGAAGCCUGUCUUUGGGCCAUCACCGCUCUUGUGAUGCGUACGACAGAUCUCCAGCAAUUCGGACUUGGGUUGGAAAUCCGAGAUUGCAUUUAUGAGGCGACUCGCUUAUUAACCCUCAACAAUGGCAACACCAACUUGGAUAGUUUGCAAGGCACUCUACUUCUGUGGGCUUGUCAAAAGAUGAGAGGAAGAUGUCGUGAAGCUUCUGUCACAUUCGCAAACGCAUGCCGUAUGGUGUGUGAUCUAGGUGGCCACUUUCCAAUCUCUCGACUGGCUAUUCUACCUCAACACAGUCCCACAUUCGACCAUCAGACAAAACUGCAUGUUCGAAGACUAUUCUGGAUAUGCUAUUGCUUCGAUAAAGAUGUGUCGCUUCGCACUGACAAACCGCCUCUUCUUUCAUCCGACUACUGUGAUGUAAACGACUCCGAAGAACCACCUUGGUUUAACCAAUCGAGGGACAUGAAUCUGGCCAAGAUUAAAGAGAACGCUGUUCGCAUACUUUGUUCGCCAAGGGCAUUCAAGUAUACCGAGGGUGAGCUCCUUGCACAUGUCAGAGAGCUUGACGAUGAACUUGAGGAGUGGCGAGUAUCUAUUGAUCUUCGCUAUCGACCUCGCCUAUCUAUCGUUUCAGAUUUAUCCUCCUCCCUGUCUUCAAACAUGAGCCUCGAAGAUCACACAUACCUGAUCAACCUGCAACUCGACUACCUCUUUACUAUAAUCAAUAUCCACACACUCGUCCGCAAGUGCGGUGACCUGGAAGAGAACCUUCCCGACGACCUUCACAGUGUUGUGCAUUCGAGUGCGGACCUCUCCAUCGAAGCAAGCCGCUCGAUCUUCCGCAUUCUCGACACAGUCGUUGACUUUUGGAAAGAAGAUUCUGUCUAUAUUGUGUCGCACUUUGCCCCUAUGGCUGCGAUGCCUCUGUUUAUGAAUAUUCUGAUUCAUCCGCUCGGUAGCACUGCGGAUAGCGAUUUGCAGAUCUUGUCAUCGAUAAGUAACAUAACAAGAAAAAUCCCCGCCGAGAGAUUGCCGAUGGAGGAGAUUGAGGGAAUCAGAGAGAUUAGUGAAUUUGUCAUGGAGCUUGUGAGGUUGAGUCAUAGUGCAGCGUGGAAAGUCAAACGGGGCGAGAGGGAGCAUGAUCUUGAUAUUAUUCAUAGUUGA